AUGGAGAAGCCUGGACCCUNCNCCCUCCUCCUCCUAUUGGUGGCCAGAGACCUGACCCAGUAUUGUACAGGCUCACACUGGCUGCUGACUUUCAACAUUGUAAUUUUGGUGCCUGGCAUGUUGGAUCCCCAGUUUAUACAGCUUGGAUAUGUAGAUUCCACACAGUUUCAGGUAUUCGACAGCAAAGAACCAAAUGCAAGGAUGCAACCUCGGGCUGCUUGGAUGAAGCAGGAGCCACCUGAAUAUUGGGAGAAAGAGACACCAAAAGCCCUUGGCUUGUCACUGUCAGGAAGACUAAUUCUUGUGUACAUGGUGAAUUACAAUAAUCACAAGGAGAAUGACUAUCACACCCUGCAGGAAGUAUAUGGCUGCAAUGUGGAAAAUGAUGGGAUUUUCCUCGGUGGUCGCUACCGGCUCACCUACUAUGGCUAUGAUUCCUUAAUCCUGAAUGAAGACCUGAACUCUUUGACUGCAAAGGGCAUAGUAGGUGAAAAAUUUAAGACACGCCAGGAGCAAGGAGGCAUGACAGAAAGUUGGAGGACUUACCUGCUAGGGGAGAAUAUGGAAAGCCUUCUUAGAUGCCUGGACCUUGGAAAGGAGACCUUGAUGCACUCUGGUGGCCCCCAAACACAUGUGACCCACCAUGUAAGAUCAGAAGGGAAUGUCACCCUGAGGUGCUGGGCCCUGGGCUUCUACCCAGCUGACAUUACCAUGACCUGGAAGAGAGAUGGGAAAAACCACACCCAGGACAUAGAGCUGCCAGACACCAGGCCUGCAUGUCAUGGAAACUUCCAGAAGUGGGAAGCUAUGGUGGUUCCUUCUGGAGAAGAGCUGAGAUACACAUACCAUGUGCAUCAUGAAGGGUUACCUGAGCCUCUCACUCAGAAGUGGGAGCCUCCACAAACCAUCCCCAUCAUAGCAGUUCUCAUCAGCCUGGUUCUUGGAGCUUUGGUGNUAGGAACUGUGGUGAUUUUUCUNAUAUGGAAGAAAUAA